AUGAAAACAUUGACUAUCGACCAUCCAGCUUUUGACAAUUCUAGAUUGUACAAUGGACAACUGGAUGUCAAAAGUUUAUGGGGCACCUGCACUAGAUCCUUCAAUUCGGGAUGCCAUAAGUCUGCGUACGGACAAGAGAUUCUUCCGCCAAUUAUGUCUGGUAAAGUUUACACCAACGCGGUCAUUAAGUAUGGACGAAUCAACGUGAGAGCAAGACUUCCCAAAGGCGAUUGGCUCUGGCCAGCUAUUUGGCUGAUGCCACGUGAUAGUGUUUACGGUACUUGGCCUCGUUCUGGAGAAAUUGAUGUCAUGGAGGCAAGAGGGAAUGCUAAAGCUAUGUCACACGGCGUUAACCACGGUAUAACUCAGAUAGCCUCCACACUACACUGGGGACCGGAUCGCGCACAUGACGCCCACCGUACCACUCAUAACGAGAGACAAUCCCAUGGUGGUGACUGGCAUAGUUGGCACACAUAUUCCCUAGAAUGGACAGCUCAGCACAUUAUUUGUCUGGUGGAUAAUCACGAAAUAUUACGAGUCAACACACCUUCUCACGGCUUCUGGAACGCUGGACAUUUUUCGGGCACCAACAUAUGGGGAGAUAAUAAAAAUGCACCAUUUGACCAACCUUUCCGGGUGUUGUUGAACGUUGCGGUCGGUGGCCUGGGUUAUUUUUCUGAUCACUACCAAUAUGACACCCCGAAGCCCUGGCACAAUGACUCUCCUCAUCCAAAGAGAGAUUUCUGGGAGAAAAAGAAUGUGUGGUUACCAACGUGGCAUGGUGAUAAUGUUGCAAUGUUAAUUGAUUACAUCGAAAUGAUUCAGUAUUAA